AUGUUGGAAAGUUUGUCUAGACCCAGGGGAAAGAUUUUGGGGAAACCCAAGAGUGAAGUUUUUUUAAAAGCUUUCCCUUGCCCCGGGGUGAAGAUUUUGGGAAAGCUUGUUUUUAGCCCAAAUAAAGAUUUUGGGAAAACUUUCCCAAAACUAAGAGUGAAUUUGGAAGUUUUUCCCUUAGACCCGAUAUGCAACUGUUCCAAUGGGAGGCCAUGUGCACCAGAUGGUUCCUGUUGCCACGAGCUGUGUCUGGGAGGCUGUUCGGGUACCACAGCUGCCGAUUGUUAUGUCUGCACUCAUGUUGUCUACAAUAAUGAGUGUCUGUCUCAUUGCCCUUCUCAUACAUUUAUGCUGUUCAACCGCCGAUGUCUCACCAGAAAUGAGUGCCUGAACCUACGAUCACGUUCUGGACGUAUUAACAGAAGUGACAGCAGUGUCAAUAUCCCCAAGCUAUUGAUGGGAAACAGCACCUUUCCUAGCCAGUGUGUGUUCAAGUGCCCUCCUGGUUACAUGGUCAAAGAGAAGGACCUUAGUGUUCCUGAAUGUAUACGCUGUCAAGGCAUUUGUCCUAAAGUGUGCAACACUACGAAAGUGAGCAGUGUCCAGAACUCAGAGGUGCUCUUUGGCUGCAGCAAGAUUAAUGGUAGCCUUGAGAUACAGAUCACAGGAGGACGUGACGUUGACUAUGAACUGACCAAAAAUCUUGGAGCAAUCCGUGAAGUCACUGGCUACAUUCGGAUAUGGAGAACUUAUUCUCUCUUGACCCUGCAUUUCUUUCGAGAUCUUGAGAUCAUUGGUGGGGAAAAAUUAGUUCACAAGGAGUACAGCUUAUUUAUUGCUGACAACACAAAUCUGCAGGAGUUGUUUCCAGAGCAUCAGAUGAAAAAAAUGCUCAUCCAAAAGGGAAAAGUUGGUUUCCACAGCAACCGUAAACUAUGCCUGGAUAAGAUAUACAACUUUGUGCACCAGUUAAACUAUACAUCACAGCUGGAUAAUCAGAGAAUUAACAUUAGCAACUCUAGCAAUGGCAAUCUCAUUCCAUGUAAGAGCAUGACACUGCAGUUAGUUUUGAGUUACACCAAUUCAGCUCUGCUUGUGCACUGGUCCAGUUACCAGUCCAGUGAUUCCAGAAAUCUCAUUCACUAUGCCAUCAAUUAUAAGGAGCCGAUAAGGGACAUCUUUCAAGGUAGAGAUGCCUGUGUGUUUUUUGAAAUGGAUGCCGUAUAUCCACUGAAGCCCUUCACCAAGUAUGCCAUCUAUGUGCAGGCUGUUACAUUACAAGAUGCAACAGUUUCUGCCAUGACCAACAUCACCUAUUUUGUGACAAGCACUUAUAAACCCACGGAACCACUUGACCUUGAAGUCUUCUCGCCGGAUCCCCAUGAGCUGACAGUUCGAUGGAAACCACCCAAGGCUCCCAAUGGAAAUGUUACUCAUUACAAAGUUUUCUAUCAGCCGCAGACAUCCAGUACUAAUGGCUUCGAGCAGAGAGACUUUUGCAAAGAUCCAAUGGUCAUCACCAAAGAUGUUCAGAAACAACCAGAAGUAAAGAUAGAGAAUGCUAAAAUCAAGACAGAAACAGCCCUACAAUCUGAACAUGGUCCUCAGUGCUGCUCUUGCCAAAUGUCAGAAGAGGAGAAGCAGAAAAAAGAAGCAUUGUUGCAAAAGGACAUUAUCUUUGAAGAUGACCUGCAUUCAGUCAUUUACACAAAGCAGUGGACUAAAGAUUGCGCUAUCGGCCUUACAUUUACUUCUAUAAUUCAACCAAAAACUACAAGGCGGCGACGUAAUUUAACCAACAAUUCCAGCAGUGGUCUGAACUUUAAUGAUCCCAUAAUUUUUCAUUAUAAGAAGGAGCCUGACAAAAAUAACUUUCCUUUGGCCAACAAAGAUGGAAAUGUCACAAACUCUAGCAUGAUUGAACCCGAGCCCUCACUUCCUAAUUUGAGGCAGGAAGUAAUUGUUUACGACACAGUGGUCACGCUUUCAAAUUUGGAACACUUUCUCUCUUACAACAUUGAGGUUGUUGCGUGCCAUGAAACAAAUCCUGUGACAGGAGUCAAACUCUGUGGCGAAAGUGCCAUCGUCACAGGGCAGACAGCUGCAGACCCUCUAGCCAACAGUCUCAACAGCUCACUUGUGGUCAUCGAACCGGUUGUCAACAAGACUGGCGCUGUACUCGUCAGGUGGGAACCACCACCCAUGCCAAAUGGGCUCAUUCUAAAAUACUUUAUUGCAUGCAAGAGUGUCACCACAGGCAGGCGUGUAACCUUUUGUGUGACUGCCAGACAGUUCCAGAAUAACAGCAAUGGCUACCUUCUGAUGGGACUGGCACCUGGCAACUACUCUUUACAGAUCAGUGCACAUUCGCUGGCAGGCAAUGGGACAUCCACUCCGGAGUUGUUCUUCAGUGUUUUGUUUCAUCCAGGGAGAGAGGAAGACAGCAGUAUUAGUACGAUUAUUGGCAUCAGUGCUGGCCUGGUUAUCUCCUUUCUCACUGUGUUUGGUGUCAUCAUCUACUAUGUCUAUAAGCAGAGGUACAUCAAGGCAGAUGUCGUUGUCUCUCAGAACCCACAUUACAUACCGACUGAACAAUUGUAUGCACCAGAUGAGUGGGAGGUCCCUAGAGACAGUAUCCGUCUGAUUAAAGAGAUGGGCCAGGGCUCAUUUGGAACUGUGUUUGAGGGACUUAUGGAGGAUCCUGAAACAAAAGUCUCCGUUCCUGUAGCCAUCAAG